AGCAGGCGCUUCACUUCUCACCCCCCCUAAGGAAAGGCUGCAAUUGCAAGCUUGUGUCAAAGAAGAGGGUAGCACCUGAUCCUCUUGCCUUUGGAGCCAGAAACAAUGGCCUCGGCUACUAUCCUCAAAUCGUCUUUCCUUCCCAAGAAGUCCGAAUGGGGCGCCACCCGCCAGGCUGCCACUCCCAAGCAGAUGACCGUCUCCAUGGUUGUCCGUGCCAGCGCAUACGCUGAUGAACUUGUCAAGACCGCGAAUACCAUCGCAUCACCAGGAAGGGGCAUCCUAGCCAUGGAUGAGUCCAAUGCUACCUGUGGAAAGAGACUUGACUCGAUUGGCCUUGAGAACACUGAGGCUAACCGCCAGGCUUACCGUACCCUCCUUGUCACUCCACCAGGCCUGGGAAAUUACAUCUCUGGUGCUAUCCUCUUCGAGGAGACCCUCUACCAAUCGACUGUUGAUGGCAAGAAGAUUGUUGACAUCCUUGUCGAGCAGGGAAUCGUUCCCGGCAUCAAGGUUGACAAGGGUCUUGUGCCACUCGUUGGUUCCAACGACGAGUCAUGGUGCCAAGGUCUUGAUGGCCUUGCCUCCCGUGAGGCAGCCUACUACCAGCAAGGCGCCCGCUUCGCCAAGUGGCGCACUGUCGUCAGCAUCCCCAACGGCCCAUCUGAGCUUGCUGUCAAGGAAGCUGCAUGGGGUCUUGCCCGUUACGCUGCCAUCUCUCAGGACAACGGUCUGGUGCCGAUUGUGGAGCCGGAGAUCCUGCUGGACGGCGAGCACGGCAUCGACAGGACCUUCGAGGUGGCGCAGAAGGUGUGGGCGGAGACUUUCUACUACAUGGCCCAGAACAACGUCUUGUUCGAGGGCAUCCUCCUCAAGCCCAGCAUGGUGACACCCGGCGCCGAGUGCAAGGAGCGGGCCACCCCUGAGCAAGUCGCCAGCUACACCCUCAAGCUCCUCCAGAGGAGGAUCCCUCCUUCCGUCCCCGGCAUCAUGUUCCUGUCGGGCGGGCAGUCAGAGGUGGAGGCAACGCUGAACCUGAACGCGAUGAACCAGUCGCCGAACCCGUGGCACGUGUCCUUCUCAUACGCGAGGGCGCUGCAGAACACGUGCCUGAAGACGUGGGGAGGACGGCCGGAGAACGUGGCGGCGGCGCAGGAGGCACUGCUGCUGCGCGCCAAGGCAAACUCCCUGGCGCAGCUGGGGAAGUACACCAGCGACGGCGAGGCCGCCGCCGCCAAGGAAGGCAUGUUCGUCAAGAACUACAGCUACUGAUCCUAAUCGCAUCAAGCUUCAACGCCUGUGAGUGAAAACCAGUGAUGAGAGUGCUGCUGCUAGCUAGCGCCGGCAUUGAUGAGCUUGAGAGGGCACUGUAGCCAGUGUGUCAGUCGUUGUUAAAUUACAGGUUGAGAUCAUCAGCGUACUCCGAUGGGAGAUGGACAUCAGAAAGUAUACUGUGUUUUACCACCCUAAUUAAGUAAACAACUUUUGGAAUGGUGAUUA